GGGUGGCGUUCGACGUCGAAUUACCAUUUUUGAAAUGGCCUUCCUCUCUCCUGUGACUGGCAUUUUCAGUUAUGCACUUGAACCCAUAGCUCCCUUCACUUGGAUUGGCCUUCGUAUAAGCACACUCGAUGUUGCUGCAGCUUUUCGUCUUUGUCUUGUCCUACGUCAAAUCCGGGAAGAUUUAUACAGAAAACAUGUUAAGGUCCAUGGCCACACAUCAGUAGAGGCAAGGUCUUUUGUCAGAAGCGCGUCUACGGCUUUGACGGUUGUAUUCGGAGGAGAAGGCUUGACUUGCCCGUAUCUUAUGGUACCACCCUCGUUUAUGGUCUCUGGCAUCGUGCCAAUAUUCUACACUGUGAUACAAGGAAUUGUGGACAUGGCUCCUUCCGUCCCGGAAAUGUUUUUCGCCAUGGAACUUCCACUAUCAGUACUCGAUGGAUUUUCCCGUGCAUUUCUACUUUGCGAUCUCAUACCACCCAUGGUGACGCAAAAUGCGUCUUCUGCCAUUUCCGCUUCACCUUGGACACUUCUGGUAACGUCCUUGGUUGCUGCGAACGGUGGUUUCUUCCUCACGAAUCUGUUUUCAUUCAUGAACCCUACACCUCUUGCACUCCAGACACCACCAGAAUUGCAAGCCUAUGGGUGGACGACUGCCGAUCUCUGGUGUGCGCCGCUCGUCACCGGGAUUUACGCUCUCCUUACGCACGCGCAGCCUUUUUGGGCUGAAUCCCAUACUUUGGUGACUGAGUUGCUCGGUAUGAGUGUCCAAGGAAAGCCUGUGGAACCUGUUGAUCCCGAGACAGCCAGAGCAUUUUGUGCUCUUAUACUCGCUUGUUUGUUUUCUGGACGAACAGUGAAAAAUUUUACCAACUACUUCAAUCGUCCUGUAGGGGUGAUAAGGAAGAAAUUGCAGAAAGAACCAAAAAUGAAGACGCAAUGAUUAUGGCGAUUAUUUCAGACUUUAAACAAACUAGAGAUUUCAUUGAGUACAGUUUGUUAUUCUGAUGAUGUCACAGUAUUAGAGUAUAUGUAGAUGAGUUUUUUCCUGUGUAUUGGAUUGUCGCAGAACUU